UGUUCAUGCUUCUGUCCCCCCACUGUGCAUUCACACUGUGCUUUCAAACUGUGAAAAAGAGUUACAGUGCGAAGAGUAGAGCUGUUUUUACCUUUGCCUUUCAUUUACCUGCACAAGAUCUAAAACCUACAUGCUUUUUGCAGGUUAUGCUUUUAUAUUAUUGCAGUUUUUUUAUACUGCAUCACACAUUUUUUUGUGUGCAUUGCAUGCAAAAGUAAACUCUAAGUGUCAUGGAAAAGGCUUGAUUUUCACGAAGACACGAGGAGCAUCGUGACGAGGAGAGGAAAUACCCAGAGGAACAGCACAGUGGGAAAAUGUGACACUCGGAGGGGAUGGACAACAACGAAGUGGAGAGGAUCUUAAAAAGAUGGAGGAAACAGGAGAGAGGCGGUACGGGUUGGGAGGAGAGGGGGGGUAGAGGGACAUUGGAUGGCGUGAGGACCGAGGCCGGUGGUUGGUUUGAUCUGAGCCACGUGUGCGUCCUGCUACGUCUCUUCGACCCUUCAUGGAUGUCGAUGAAACGUCGGCUUCCCCCGCUGCCCGGUCCCUUCUGUCUUGGCCCAGGUAGGUUUUCUGACAUGAGAUGAUGCGUAAGAAUGAAAUCAGACGGCCGUGCCUCGGUCUGUUACUCACUACUGGGUUUACAGCUCAAUAACUAGUGUCAAAGUGCCUUUGAAGCAGGCGGUCAGCUGUUCACGAACAAACCGUGGUUGUUCUGGGUAGCUCCAAGAUUAUGAAUCCCUUUAAGCGAAUGACUGUGAAGCAGAACAGAGAAAACGGCCACUGAGUACAUUCAAGGGAAAACACAAUGACGCAACGUCAUCGCUCUGCUCUGUGAUGAAGUUCAACCGGGGAUUCAGGCUGAGGAAAAUGCUCCACCUCCACAACACGGGGCAGCCUUGAACUCUGCUGCGCCACUCUCUCUCCUCAGCCAUGAUUGUACCUCCAAGCUGAUAGUAUGUGAUCAACAGCACCCAACAAUCCCACAGCUUCUCCAACUCAAUAAAGCCCAGCUGGAAUAUUCGGUCCGCGUUGCAAAAAAUGGCAGAAGCGGGUUUCCACCUCAGAGCGCUAGACAGUGCAGAGGACGAUGAGCUCCAGCAAGAUGACCUCCCCACGUCGUCACUAGCAUCCCUCCAUCUCAGGGACCGAGCUGCGGGCAUCGACCAGAGCGCCAACCAUACGGGGGAUAAUCCUGGGCCUCAUUCUGUAUUUUCUGUAAUGUCAUCACUGCUCAACCAAUCACAACAGCAAGCAGACAUAUCCGUUGCUACCAGGCCUGAGCCUUCACCAGCAGUUGCAGAGUUCUCGGAGCCCGAGGAGGACCAGAACGACGGCGAGGCUCGCUCUCGCACCCUGACAGCGCUCCCGCAGGACUCUUCCUCCCCCGUCGAUCACGAUGAGGUGUCUGAUGCACUAAGAGCCGACAUUGUCGAGGAGGGAGAACUUCAACCUAAGACCAAUGCAAUGGCAGCAUGCGACUGCAGCUCUGAUGACAACCAUCUGUCGGAUGCUGAGUGGUACUGGGGCAAUACCUCCAGAGAGGAAGUAAACGAGAUGAUGAGAAACACUCCUGAUGGCACGUUCCUGGUCCGUGAUGCCUCCAGUAAGGUUAAGGGGGAAUACACUCUGACUCUUAGGAAAGAUGGCUACAACAGACUGAUAAAGAUCUUCCAUCGUGGGGGGAGGUACGGCUUUUCUGAGCCAGUGGGUUUUCCCUCUGUGGUGAACCUGAUCCAGUAUUACCAGAAUAAAUCUCUGGCCCAGUACAACUCAAAACUGGACACAAAGCUACUCUAUCCCAUAACCAGAUACCAGCAGCAGCAGAUCGCGGUUGACGUUGACAUUGAUGCAGUUGGAGAGCAGCUGAGGAUAUUUCAGGAUCAAUACAAAGAGAAGAGCAAAGAGUACGAUCGUCUGUUUGAGAAGUUUAACCAAACCUCUCAGGAGCUGCAGAGCAAGCGGACCGCCAUUGAGGCUUUCAGUGAAAUCAUUCGGAUCUUUGAGGAGGAGUGUGAAACACAAGAACGUUACAGCAAAGAAUACAUCGACAUGUUCAUGACAUUAGACAGCAUCACGCAGACAGACAAGAUUCAAAACAAUUCCGAUGAGCUUCAGUUCAGGGUGGAGGAGAUCCACAACAGCAAAAAGAAGUUGGAGGAGGAGCUGAGGAGGAAGGCGGUGGCUCACAUGGAGGUUGACCAGAAAAUGGACAGCCUGAAGCCCGACCUGGUGCAGCUCAGGAAGAUCCGAGAUCAAUACCUUCUGUGGCUCACUCAGCAAGGCACUAGACAGAGUCAGAUAAACGAUUGGCUGGGUAUCAAGAACGAAGAAGAAGACCCUUACACUCUGGCAGAAGAUCCCGACCAGGAUGAAAGAAGGUGGUAUGUUGGUGGUAUGAGGCGUAGGGAGGCAGAAGAGCUGCUGAGAGGGCGGAAGGACGGGACCUUCCUAAUCAGAGACAGCCAGACUCAGAGAGGCUCCUUUGCCUGCUCUGUUGUUGUGGAUGGCGAUGUGAAGCAUUGUGUGAUCCACAGAACAUCCACAGGGUACGGCUUCGCUGAGCCCUUCAACCAGUACCCAUCGCUAAGAGAGCUUGUCCUGCACUAUCGACACACAUCGCUGAUCCAACACAACCAGCAGCUGAAUGUAACCCUGGCCUGGCCUGCUCUCAGCCAGCAGCCCAGCUGAGACGCACCAGCACGACGCCGCUCCCCCACAGCUUUACUGUUUCCACCCCGGAUGCACCAACAUGGACACAGUUGCCAGGCUAACAAAGUACCGGUUUGUGUUGUCACCCCUUCGUCAUCAGAAACGUUUUGAGUGCUUACCAACACUGGAUCGAUGUCACAGCAAAACAAAAAAAAACUAUUACCCAACAACAGUCACUCAAAAACUACGCUAAGUCACCCAGGGCAGAUAUUGAACAGCAUCUCAAUGAAGCUGGUUGGUUGAUCAGUUGUCACCUUAAACAGAAAUGGUCGCCUCUCGACUGCAGCUCUGUGCUCUGCUAGCCAGUUUAUUUUUCUGAAGCUAUUAUUGCUAAUACUAGAAAUCCCAUUUGCUCAACAUCUGCUUGGAAAAAAAAACACAUUAAGUACUUAGCUGAAUUUGUCAUUGAACUACAUACUGAAGAAGUACUGGAAUACUGCCUCCACCUGAUCACAGUACUGGUCCCAGCCAGAUUCCCAAACUGAUGAUGGUGCUAAAGUAGAAGUAUACAAGUUAAAGACUCUUAACUGCACAGUGGUUUAUAAUGGCAUUAAAAGGGUACCACAGGAGAAUACUGAUACUUAACUCCUUUCUAUGAGCACAAUAACCAACAUUUUGGCUUGCUACUUUCAAGUAUAAAUGGUUUUUCAUAGUGGAGAGAAAUUGGCUGAAUUUAUCCACAAAUUCAUACAUCAAAUAUAUAUAUUUAUUUAUUUAUUUAUUUAUUUUCUGAAAGUAAAGCACAAGAAAUCAUAAAUACUUGAAAAGGCAAAUAUUAAGUUUCGCAUAUAGAAUGGAGGUGAUGGUGUGAGCCAUCCUCCCUCCACAGUGGAUAUAUCUUAAAUACGUGUAGUCAGCGCGGUUGCAGUGUUUAAGGUGCUUCUAGGUAACUAAGCUCAGGAUGGGACUCACAUUUGCACUGUGGUUAGUGCACUAUAGAGACUGAGGUGACACACAAGCACUUUAUCUAAACAAGACAACCAGAACACAUAUAAGCACAGAAAUGAGAGUUGGAGGUUUGUGAGACACUCAUUUCACAUAUUGAUGUUGCUGGUUGAAAAAAAUGUUUUUAUGUGGAAUAUAAGUUAUUUUCUUAUUGCCACCUUCAUUCUGCACUUUCCCACAGUUUUCUCCUGUCAUUAAAAUAGGGAAUAGCCUCUGUGGUAUAUUUUACUUUAUAUCCCCUAUGCGUACAAGGUUUUAGAGUUAUUAUAGAAAUCAAUCGGCAGAUGAAGAUUUAUGUUGUUAUAAAAAUGAGACAAUCAAGCUUAAAUUGUUGUAAUCUGUAAAUGUGUUUGUUUAUUACGUUACGGUGAUGGUUAUAACGUAUAGGCGGGUAUUAACUGUGAACCAGCAGACAUGAGGCACAGGACAUUAGCUAAAGAAUUUCUUUGAAUGAUGUACUUGCCCAUUUUUGAAUAACAACCAAAUAAGCAGUUGCUACUGCUUCCUAUUAACAGUUGAUUAAUCAGACAGCUGUAUUUAAAGUUCUAUAUUUUUUCCAAGGAUUCAGCUGGAGCUAACCAGGAGCUUUGAUACGUUUCUGGGUGUGGUGGAGGUCUUUUAGAAAAUUGGGUUGGAAAGUGCCCUUAAAUGUUCCUGUUGCAGCCAGCAUGAUUUAUUUAGUCUUACUCUCAGGCCAGAUGUUUUGUCCCCUACAGGAGUAUGAUGUUGGGUGCAAAUCGCAAUGCUCUAAAGACCCGUGUCAAGCUGGACACAGAGCUACAAUAGCACAAAUACCCAAAUACUCGUAUACUACAAUCAGUAUGCUAGAAUAAAAUAUGAGGAAAUUAUAAUAUUUAAUGUGUUGUUAUAUAACGGUUGGAAGACAGCAGCAGAACAAACCUAUAGACCUAAAUGUGGGUUGUUCACAUUUACGGCCUAUUCUGGUCCUGCAGCCCUCGGGUUAGGAAACAGGGACUCUUUUGAACGUGCAUGUGUGUGUGUGUGGCUGUAAUGGGAAAAACUAUUUUUAUAAGCAAAAAUAUGACAUUGUUAGUUUUGGCUACCCAUUAAUGUAUUUUUUCCUGUUUAAUGGGUUACUUUGAAUUCUCUCUCUCUCUCUCUCUCUCUCUCUCUCUCUCUCUCUCUCUCUCUCUCUGUCUUUCUGUCUCUCUCUCUCUCUCUCAACUGAGUGGUCACAAGUUGAAGUUCCCUCAGCUUUCAGUUUUCUCCAAUUCCUGUUGAAUGGCACUUAGAAAGGUGUAAAUGUUGGAUUUUUUGCAUUGCAUUGGAAUGGUACGCAUUUAAGACUUAUAAUGUGGAGAUAAUGGCAGGGCACUGUUUUAAAUAUUGGUUCUGUUAUGAACGACAUGUUUUGUUACCUUUUCUUAGCUGUUGUUUUUUUUUGGCUUCGUCUCCAUCAUUGGUGCUAAGCACUCAUUGCUGUAGUUUUUUCUUAAAUGCACUUCCAUCAUACAGGAUGAGUGAAUAUCGAAGCAAAUGAAAAGCGCUUGUGUUGGGUUUGGUCCGUUAUACUUGUGAACGCACAAACCUGCGAUAUAGUGUUGCAGUGUUUGUAUCACACAGGUUGUGAAAAAGCCAGUGCGAGCCGCACUUUCAACUUGUUUAGUUACUCUGUGGAGCAAAGAAGCCCAUUUUGAAAAGCCGGUCAGCUUUUGAUGUUGUUUUGUAGUACUUUGUAGUGCUUAUGGGCAGCGUUAGCAUUCUCCCAUGUAGAAACAAAGGCUGAGGUCAAACAGUCCGAGACAACCGCGGUUAAUAAGAGAAUCUGACACUUAGAUUAGGCGACGUUGAUGGGUUCCUGCCUUUGGUCUGACACGCUCAGACCACAAUGAUGUGAAGAUGGAAUACAAAAAGAUUAUAUGUUACAAGUCAUAGAAGUGAAGUAAAAACGUAUUUUACCCUGCUGUACACUCAUAUGUAUCAACAGGAAACCCAAUUAAUAGGAUCAUAUGAAAACGCCUCGUCAGUCACGGUGAUCGUCUGUCGCCAAAUGACAAAUAGUCCUUCACUUAAAGACAAUGAAUAGUGGGACAACAUGAUUUCCUUUCCCUUUGAGGUCCAGUCUACCCUUUGUGAAAGGUGAUAAGAAUUAAUGCAUUUAGGAACAUUUGCUUAACAUUUAGAGAAUUUAACCAGGUCAUUUCACUCAAAUGAAAAACCUUUUAAAGACUAUUAGACCACAGCCUAAGACUACGUAACAGUCUUCAAUAAAAGUCCCAAAAUCUACAAUCAUCAGACUGUUGAGAAUGAAUCAACAUGAAUCCUUUUACAUUAAAGUAACAUUACAUGUCAUUUAGCUGAUGCUUUUGUCCAAAGCCCAACUGGACAUUCAUUAAAAUGUCAUAUGUUUUGUUGUUAUUUACAGUAAACAUGGAUGGAUGCACAUAAACGACUGUUAUUACGCAAGGCAUGUCGCAUGCACAUGUGGCAUGUGGAAUCUGUUCCUUGUCAUUUAGGACACGUCAUAUUUUAUUUUAUUUUUUUUGCACACUCAAUAGAUUGAUAAAGUGCUUAAUUGAAGUUUGUCACUUCGAAUUGAAAUUUUUUUUAAUAUUGUGAAAUAUAAUUAAAGAAAAGAAACUGAAUAUAUCAUUGUAGCAAAAAUACAGAAAAGGUGUACGGUUUGUAUGUGCACAAAAAACAAAAUGGACAACAGCAGUUCUUUGUGGUGUUUAGAUUUAAAGCAGUGUUUGCACACAAGUGUCUCCUGCUUGUUGGAGACACUAUGACUGUCUUCAUCUACAUCCACCCUGUUGCUCAAGCAGGUGGUGGUGCUAAAUAUAGACAAGUUGCUGAUGAGAUUGACAUGUUGUUGCACUGAUAAAAUACUGAUAUGAGUUUACAAAAAAAUCUCUUUAAUGCGUUGUCCACUAAAUAGCAAUGUUGUUUGUAGAUGCAAACGUUUCUCUCUCGUAACUGUUUCACUUCGUAGCUUAAACAUUUUAUCAUUGUGUGAAAAAAAUGAAUACAGAAAUAAUGAAAAAAUAUUACAAAAAGAGAGAAUAGUUGGUUUCUCAUAUCACAAAAUGUGUCAUGAUGUGCUUUCAGCUGCAAUCACAGUAGUGAAGUUUUGUCCAACAAAUGACUCAUAACCUACUGUUACUUUAUGCUCUAACAUCCAUUACCCGCAUAGAUUUGCUGUUGUGCACAGAAUUAUACAUCAUAAAGAAUAAUGUUAUGUUAAUGAAUUAAAGCUUUGUAACAAAACAAAAAUAUAAUAAUCAUAUAAAUAUAUUAUGACAGUCUGUCAACAAGCGAGACUUUGUAAAAUCUGGAUUUCUUCUUCUCGAGAAACCUUGUGAAGAUUUACUGUAUUUUGCGCUAAAUACAAUCAAUUUGUGAGUGGUGUUGUAAGAUCGAGAUGGUUUCAGCUGUAAUAAUGCUGGCUUUAAAUGUGUUUGCUUUUUUUCACACUUGUUCCAUGUAAGGAAUGAAGGUCAUAUUGGAUGUGAUUUUUAAUCAACACCAAUUUCCAGCUACAAGGCAGGAAGUCGUGUGUCACCUGGGCACAGGAGCAGAGGGUGCUGUGUGAGAGCUGGAAUAGUGGCUGAGCAUGUCAAAUGUUUGAUUCUGAUACAGGCGACUGGGGCCGGCUAAUAAAGUGAAUACAGGUACGAGUGUCUGCAGAGCGCGUCGAGGUCGGGGUCGUGUGUGAUGCACAGGUGGUUAUUCAGACGUGUCUGUGUUUUGGCUUAUGGAGCUGAGUGAGGGAACUAGUCAUGUGCAGAAGGAACUGUGUCAGAGCUACUGGAUGGUUUAAGCGUUUAGUCAAUGGUUUAGUAAGUACGGGUGAGGCUGUGUUUAAUGAGGAUCUGCUAGGGUUAUGCAAGGCUCCAGAGGAAGGAGGUUGUUCAGUAGGUGAUAUUUGCUUUCACACAGUGCUCUGCUCCAUCAACUAAUCAAACCAGGACAUUUUAGGAGAUAGGAUUGUUUUCCAGGAUCAUUCUUUAUGGGAGUUUUAAAUGUUAAAUCUAGGGAUUUGAUGUAAUUAGUUUUGUUUCAUUUUGGCUGUGCUUAUGAUCAAAUACCUCGACCUUGUCUCUUAAUCACAUUCAACAUAGUACUUGAUGUUUCUGUAACUCUGACUUCAAUUUUUUCCCCAUUGUGGCGUGUGUUUUGUUUUAAUUUUACUUUGGGAAGGUGUAACUGCUUAUUUAAUGUAUUAAUUGUGAACUUACAUUCAGUUAUUUUUAAAUAGCCUGUGUUUCAUUCAGAAGAUAUAUCUGAAAAAAAGAUGGUUUCAAACAUUUUUGUUGGUGUAAAACCUGACUUUACCCACUUUAGAACAUCAUUGUUCAUGUAUGCACUUUCAGAUCCCCAAAUAAACUUGAGAUGAUAAUAGUGGAA